GAGCUGAGGGGUGUGUGGAUGCCCUAGAAAGGCAAGUUGUGGGACUGGGAAGGCUGGACGUGUAGGUGAGAGUGGUCUGGAUUUGGGGCACAGGGGUCCAGGAGCUGCAGCCCAAGAACAGCGACUGAGAGCUGAUUUGUUUCAUGACUGGAUGGAGGAAGGGGCAAAGGAAAACCAGAGACCUGGAGGAAGAAGAGGAAGACAGCAGUUCUGAUAUCUCAUUCUCGCUCUCAUCAGAAGAGUCUGAGAUGGAACCUGAAGAAGAGCGGGUCCGUUAUAGCAAAAGGCUGCGUGGUGCUAUGAGACGACGUUAUGAGGAUGAUGGCAUCUCAGAUGAUGAAAUUGAGGGGAAACGAACAUUUGACCUCGAAGAGAAACUUACCACCAACAAAUUUAAUGCCGAUUUUGUGGUCUUCAUGGAAGGCAAAGACUUCAAUGUGGAAUAUAUUCAGCGUGGUGGCUUAAGAGAUCCAUUGAUCUUCAAAAAUUGUGAUGGACUUGGAAUAAAGAUGCCAGAUCCAGACUUCAGUGUGAAUGAUGUACGGCUCUACGUAGGGAGUCGAAGGAUGGUGGACGUCAUGGAUGUAAACACACAAAGGGAUAUCGAGAUGACCAUGGCACAGUGGGCACGCUAUUAUGAAACUCGAGAGGAGGAGCGAGAGAAGCUGUAUAAUGUCAUCAGCCUGGAAUUCAGCCACACACGGCUCGAGAACCUGGUGCAGAGGCCAAAUACAGUGGAUUUGAUUGACUGGGUUGAUAAUAUGUGGCCAAGGCAUCUGAAGGAAAGUCAGACAGAAUCAACAAACGCUAUUCUGGAUAUGCAGUAUCCCAAGGUGCAGAAGUACUGUCUGAUGAGUGUCAAGGGCUGCUAUACAGACUUCCAUGUAGACUUCGGUGGCACUUCAGUGUGGUAUCACAUCCACAGAGGGGGGAAGGUCUUUUGGUUAAUUCCACCCACUCCCCAGAACCUGGAGUUGUAUGAAAACUGGCUGCUGUCGGGAAAACAAGGGGAUAUCUUUCUUGGUGACAGGGUGUCAAAUUGCCAGCGUAUUGAGCUCAAACAAGGCUAUACCUUUGUCAUACCCUCAGGUUGGAUCCAUGCAGUGUACACUCCUAUGGACACCCUGGUCUUUGGGGGUAACUUUCUGCACAGCUUCAACAUUCCUAUGCAGCUGCGGAUCUACAGCAUUGAAGACCGCACACGGGUUCCAAAUAAAUUUCGCUAUCCCUUUUAUUAUGAAAUGUGCUGGUACGUACUAGAACGCUAUGUCUUCUGCAUCACCAACCGUUCCCACCUAACCAAGGACUUUCAGAAGGAGUCACUCAGCAUGGAUAUGGAGUUAUGUGGCUUGGAGUCUGGCACUGUGGAUGAAGAUGAUGCAGCAGCAGAAAAGGAAUCGCAGCGCCCUAUCACUAGGCGGUCAGUCCUCACUAGCCCUGUAGCCAAUGGUGCUAAUCUAGACUAUGAAGAACUAAAUAAAGGCUGCCGGAAUUUGCCAGGUCUCAAGAGAACUCUCUCCAUGGACUCAGAGUCCAGUCGAGGCUCUCACAAUGGCCAAGCCUGGGACACUCAUAGCAACAGCCCUCAUAAGGGCAACAAGGUGCAUCUGACCCAAUUUGAGCUUGAAGGUCUGCGUUGUCUUGUAGACAAGCUGGAGUCUUUACCCCUACACAAGAAGUGUGUACCCACAGGCAUAGAGGAUGAAGACGCCCUUAUUGCAGAUGUUAAGCUGCUGCUGGAGGAGUACGCAAACAGCGAUCCCAAACUGGCACUUACUGGAAUUCCUAUUGUCCAGUGGCCAAAGAGGGAUAAGCUCAAGCUUCAGGCUCGGCCAAAGUUAAGAUUACCUACCAUCCCUAUCACCAAGCCACACACCAUGAAACCCGCGCCACGGCCAGCAACUGUGAGACCUACAGUCUCUCCUAUAGUGUCUGGUGCCCGCAGAAGGCGGGUGCGAUGUCGUAAAUGCAAGGCCUGCUUGCAAGGUGAAUGUGGCAUGUGCCACUACUGCAGGGAUAUGAAGAAGUUUGGGGGGCCUGGUCGUAUGAAGCAGUCCUGUGUACUACGGCAGUGCUUGGCGCCCAGACUGCCUCACUCUGUUACAUGUGCACUUUGUGGGGAGGUAGAUAAGAAUGAGGAUUCACAGGACUUUGAGAAGAAGCUAAUGGAGUGCUGCAUCUGCAAUGAGAUUGUUCACCCAGGUUGUCUACAGAUGGAUGGGGAAGGGCUACUGAAUGAUGAAUUGCCCAACUGCUGGGAGUGUCCGAAAUGCUACAAGGGAGAUGAGUCUGAGAAAGGCCAGAGAGCUCAUCAGCACAUGAACUGUGACAUCCUGCUGGAGAAACAGUUCCUGGAAGGGCAGCAAAAUCAACUUCCAUCAACCAAGCAGCGGACAUGUUAUCAAUGGCAGAAACUGACAAGACUGCCCUGGGAGAAAUACAAUUGCAAGAUCCUGCAUAGAGUUGUGUCUGCUGCCCCAGCAAAGAGCAUCCCAGUGAAGAAGCGGAAAAUGGAUGAUGGCGAUGAUGACACAGUCCAAGCCAAAGUUCUGCGACCUUUGCGAAGCUGUGAGGAACCUUUGACUCCACCACCACAUUCGCCUACCCCAAUGCUGCAGCUAAUACAUGACCCUGUGUCACCACGAAGCAUAGUGACACGGUCCUCUCCGGGGGCCGGUCCCAGUGACCAUCACGGGCCCAGCCGGGAUGAACGCUUUAAGAGGCGCCAGCUACUUCGGCUGCAAGGCACAGAGCGCACUGUGGUGCGGGAAAAAGAGAACAACCCUAGUGGCAAGAAAGAGCUGUCGGAAGUAGAAAAGGCCAAGCUCCAUGGUUCCUAUCUUACAGUCACAUUACAAAGACCUACCAAAGACAUGCAUGGCACUUCCAUUGUGCCCAAGCUGCAGGCAAUCACUGCCUCCUCCACUAAUCUGCGGCACUCUCCUCGUGUGGUCAUGCGCCAAAGUUCAGCUAGAGCACCCCAGCGGGGUGGAGAUGAAGAAGCAGCUGAGGAAGAAGAGGAAGAGGAAAGUGCAGAGGAGGAAGAGGAAAGUGCAGAGGAGAGUGGGGCAGCCAGACUGAAUGGCCAAGGAGGCAGGGCUCCAGAUAGUGAGGAAAUCUGGAUGCAAAAAGAGGUGUGGAUGUCUGUCUUCCGUUAUCUCACUCGCAAGGAGCUUUGUGAAUGUAUGCGUGUAUGCAAAACCUGGUACAAAUGGUGUGGUGACAGGAGAUUGUGGACGAAGAUUGACUUAAGCAGGUACAAGUCCAUCACACCCCUGGCACUGGGUGGCAUAAUCAGGAGGCAGCCAGUCAGCCUUGACCUCAGCUGGACCAAUAUUUCCAGAAAACAGCUCACCUGGCUCAUCAACAGACUACCAGGCCUCAAAGACCUCAUCUUGGCAGGCUGCUCCUGGUCAGCAGUGUCUGCUCUCAGUACCUCCACCUGCCCCCUUCUCAGGACACUUGAUCUUCGGUGGGCAGUAGGAAUCAAGGACCCUCAGAUUCGGGACUUGCUCACACCUCCAUCAGAUAAACCCAGCCAAGACAAUCGCAGCAAACUCCGUAACAUGAUAGACUUCCGGUUGGCUGGGCUGGACAUAACUGAUGCCACACUCCGGCUCAUCAUUCGCCACAUGCCUCUGCUCUCACGACUUGAUCUUAGUCACUGCAAUCACCUUACGGACCAGUCAACCAACCUAUUAACAGCUGUGGGGUCUUCCACGCGAAACUCGCUCACUGAAAUCAACAUGGCAGGCUGCAAUAAGCUCACAGACCAGUCCCUGCUGUAUCUGCGGCGCAUCUCUAACGUCACCCUGAUAGACCUGCGUGGUUGCAAGCAGAUCACCCGCAAGGCCUGUGAGCACUUCAUCUCAGACCUGUCAAUCAACAGCCUCUAUUGCCUGUCUGAUGAAAAGCUGAUCCAGAAAAUCAGCUAGAGAUUUGCCACACACAGACUGAAGAGAAGGAAAGAUCCCAGACAAACCCCUCUUGGAGAGCAGACCCUUUUCUCCCCUCCCCCGUUUACCCCACAUCCAUAGGCAGGGAAGAUGCCUGUCUGACUGUGACUGUAAUGUCCCUCCUCUCCUUGGGACUUCUGCAGACCAGAAAAUCUCACCAGGCAUUUGAGGAAGUGGCGAGAUUGCUGGACGGGUGCUCUUGUGGGGUGCUUGCUCAUCAGCUACAUGCUCUAAAUUGAUGUUUUGUAGCAGCAUUUUCAAGGGGGACGUGCCCCUUUCCUUUCUUCUCAACCCUUCCCCCUCUACCAUUAUAUCCCACAAAAAACAACUAUACUUACCCAUCAGAUUGUGGGGGGAGGAUCAGACCUGGAUGGUGUAGAACAGAUGCACUUUUGCUCCCUGUUUCCCUGCUGUCUUGGUAUGCAAUUUCUUAAUAUGUCAUUGGGCUUGGGAGUCACUUCUCCUGCCUGCCACACUCUGCUAAGCUUCCUUUCCUUGCCCUUCAGCAGCUGAACGGGCAGCAACUGCUCUGGGCUGAUUACGCAGAGCAGUAGUGUAAUGUCUACAGCAGCAGUGCCUCUUGUCUGGUAAGGGACUCUCCAUGUGCCCCCAGGUCAGCCUGCAGGCACCUUCCAACAUGAGACUAGAGCGGGGGUGGCUAAGUGUUCAUACAGAGGGAACCAUGUUCUUGCCCUCAACUUUCCCAAGAAGGGGAGUUAAGCAGGCCCGUUCAUCCUCUGAAAAGAUGGCGUUUGUAGAGGGAAAGCUGCAACAGAGCUUGGAGGCUUGGGAGGCACCUAGUGGGAUUUCUUACACCAGCGGAAGUGGUCUCUGUCCCAUAGUCUGUGGAAACGAGCAUUCUUGGGAGAUGCUGGCCGACGAAGAAAUGCCUCCAUCUUGAGGUGCAUAGCUGUUGGCUCUUGAGCUGUGAGACGGGUCAAUGCCCCAUUAGCUGCCUCUCUUUCUUUGCAAUGAAUGGCCGGUCCAAAGAACUUCUCUCUUGGGCAGCAGAGAGCUUUUUGCACUUUAGAAAGAAAGGUAAUAUUUUGGAACCCUAUUUUAUUUCCCCCUGCCCGAGUGACUGGACACUCCUUCCAGCUGUCUGAGCUUGUCAGGGUUUGAAUGCACACUUUGCACUCUGCUCUCUUCCCCAUAGCGAUAGCACAAAUUAGACUGCCCUUCACCCCGCCUCCCCCUCUGAGCCUCGCAUGGCAAAAAAGAGCUCUCCAGUGUCUGCGCAGCAAGGGAAAGGAGGAAUCUGGAGGAAAGCCCAAUGCACCCUCGCUGCUUCUGAAGCAAUAAGGGAGGGGGAGGAAUCCACCCCAUAGCUCUCUAAAUUGCCCAGCCCAAUUGCAUUGAACGCUGCGGCACCUGAGCCUCAGGGAAGAGCAGCUUCCCCUGCACUGAUGGUGGUGGGGGAUAAAUAUCUAGAUCUACUGAAUCCCAGAGGUUCCCCCUCACUUCCACAUGAGGAGCAGGCUUCUUUGCCGAGAGGACAAUGCUAGUGUGAUGAGUUCCAGAGUGCCUCAGUACACAGGAGCUUUGCUGCAAAUUGAAUUUUUCUACAAAAAAACGCCCACUGAUCUUCUUCUAGAAGUGGAAACCUUCUGCCUUGUUGUGUUGGCUCCUGUGGAAAAAAAUAUUGUAGAAUCAAUCUCUUGCUUUUGUUUUCUUUCAAAAGAGGAAGGUGAGAAUAGCCAUAAAUAGGAGGUUCAAGUGCAUCAGCCCAGAUAACUCCCACGGAGAUCUCUAGGCUCUGGAUAUUUUGUGUUUUGUUUUGUUUUUCCAAAGUGGGAGCACCUUCACAACUCUCCAUAUGCAUUGGUCAGCUGGAGAAGUGCUGAAAUGCAGCAAGUUGGCAUGUCAGGAGCAUUAGUCUGGGAAGAAUCUCGUCCUGCGGCAAGAGGGAUAAAACAAGUAGCAGACUGAUCGGGUGGGGCAUUGGCUUCGCUGUCCUACAGCCUUCUCAAAUGUGGCCCUCAAAUGACUGUGGCUUAAACUUCAAAGCAAAUUGUGAAACUUCAAUGCCUAAACUGGCCCCCACCGCAGAGGGCAAGUGAUGACAUAAAGGAAAGAGAAAUUAUAUAUGAAAUCACUUAGUGAUUUAAAACAAAAACAUGCUCCCUAAAUAAAUCUCCCUAAAGAAAGUCACUAUUGUCUAAAAGGGUUUGGUUGUUCUUUUGUUUUUGUUCUUUUGAAGAAAUUGUAAAUAUAUAUUUUUUGUUGCUAACUUAGAGUCAAUCUCCAAUGUUGUGCUUUAAAAUUAAAUGUAAACAUUAAGGGUAAAAGAAACCAAGUCUUGCGCUCUCUCGGUUGACAUGUUUAGGGUUGGGGGAUAUUUGGGGCUAAAGGGAGGGGAGCUAGUUGGGAUUUUUUCAUUUUCUAAUCAUUUGCCAAUAAUGGUUUUAGAGAAUCUUUCCUCAAACAUAUUACCACAGGAAUGAGAGAAAAGUGAAAGGGGGAAGAGAAGAUACCAGCCUCUGAAGGGAGACUUUGUUUCAUGGGGUGGAUUUUGGAAUAAAAAUUUCAAGAAAAAACAUGCGGGUCUGCAUAUUGAUUGCAAUGUGAGCUCAAAUACAAGGGCAACUCCAGUCUGAAUGAGAGAAACCAGUAGGUAAUUUAUCCUCCCUAUAUAUAGAGACUUGUGUAUCCCAUGCUAUUAAAAUUUUGUACUCAGGCAAUCCAAA